AUGGACGCCUUUCGUGUCACAUUGCAUGUCGUGUUGUUAUUUUAUCUCAUCACCCCCGGAUCGACAACCUGUCCGAGUGGCUGCUCCUGCACAGACGAUAACUUAGGAAGGUCUUUACUAUGUAUGGAAACCUCCAUGGGACAAAUCCCACAAGAUAUCCCACGCGAUGCCACGAAAAUACGGAUUGAAAACUGCCACCUGACGGAGUUACCGCAGCAAUCUUUCUCUAACGUGAGCGCCUUGGAGUUCCUUUGGCUGAAUUUCAACGAGAUCACCCUGAUGAACAUUAAAAGCCUGGAGGGACUGGACAGCCUGACGGAGCUGCGGCUACAGGGCAACAAGCUGACUUCAGUGCCGUGGACGGUGUUUCAGGACGUGCCCAAACUCAAGAUUUUGGACCUGAAGCACAAUCAACUCGACGUCCUCCCUGAACACGCUCUGAGACACCUAUCUGCCCUGACCUAUUUAGAUGUAUCCUUCAAUCAGCUCUGUGUCAUCACUAAAGAUGUUUUUGUGAACUGGCCUCUUUACCAAAGAGCAGAAAAAGAGUGGGGGAAAGAAGGACUGGUGUCCAACGUGGUUCUAGCCCUGCACGAAAACCCCUGGUUGUGCGACUGCCGCCUCAAAGGCUUUGUUGAAUUUAUCAGGACGAUCAGCACUCCCAUCAUUCUGAUGAAUUCUUACUUGAUGUGCUCGGCUCCCGCCUCCAAAGCCGGCAAGUUUUUCCACGAGAUCCAGUUAAAGUCCUGCAUGAAGCCGGAGGCGACUGCCUCGGAGAAUAACAUCACUUUACCUCUCGGAGCAAACGCAACGCUCACAUGCUUAGUCAAGGCUCGACCAAGCCCUACCAUUCAGUGGAUGUACAGUCAGAAGAUUAUCAGAGGAUUUAGUGCCACCGAGACUCACAUAGAUGCAGACGCUGUCACCUCCCAGCUGCUGAUUCCCUCUCUUCACCUGGCGGACCGAGGUAUCUACACCUGCACGGCCCACAACUUCAUUGGCAACUCCUCAGUGAGCAUCGUGGUCAACAUAAGCUCCCCCAACUCCACCACUACACCCGUCCCCAUGUUGUCGACCGAGGAAAACGCCUACAUUGACAUACGCAUCGCCAAGCAGACAGUGUAUGGCAUCACCCUCGAGUGGUACGCUGUGACCGACAACCCUGCAGAGACCUGGUUCACCAUCCACUUUGGCAAAUACGAUUCGCCGAAGGAGAUGAUCUACAUCGGCCCUGGCAUCAACAGCUACUCCGUCAGUGACUUGCUCCCUGUCACCAAAUACAAGGUCUGCGUGUCCCUGAAGAACCAUCCGCCGAGGGAAGGCCAGUGCAUCGUCUUCGUGACAGGAAGUGACAUCAGUGAGCUGGAGCAAAGAGAGAGACUCAUCCACAUCGUAGUCAUCGUGUGCGCCAUGGUGCUGGCAGUGCCGGCCGGCAUGUUUGCCUGCACCACAGAGGGCAGGUUCAGCUGCAUGGAGCGCUGCCUGGAUCUGUGGAAGAAGCACAGGCGGCGCGGAGAGAACCUGCAGGGAACCUUUGACAGCCUGCAGGCCACGAGCGAGGAAGGCCUGUGCAGGGACUCAGAAGAAAGACCAAAGAAGAAGGAAGAAAGGUGCAAAGGAGGGAGUCAAGCUCACCUGUACUAAAGAACUGCACAUACAUGUACAUAUUUGAGUGUAGCCCCAGAUUGUGCCUCUCAUGUUACUUUUAAAUCACAUAACUAUACUUCAGAGAUUCUCAACAGCAAUAGUCAGUGUGAUCAAAUUUGAAUUCUU